GAAAUCUCCAAAGUUUUUAAAUAUCCACAAUAAUGUUUAGUGAUACUACGGCAACAGCAUUCUAAUUUUAUCCGUCGUGAGAGUCGGAACUGUGUGAAAUAUGGAGGAAAAAUACAUAUUAACAUUGGAUAUAGGAACAACAACUAUUCGUUCAGUUAUAUACAAUUCAAGAACUGAAAUUGUUGGCAAGGCGGUUGAUCAGGUUGUUCUACAUUAUCCAAUUCCUGGAUAUGUUGAAAUUGACCCAGAUGAAUUAUGGAAAUCUAUAGUAGGCGUUGUGGCCACAGCUUUGCAAAAUGGAAAACUCACAGCUUCUCAGAUAACUGCCAUGGGUAUAUCAACACAGAGGAGCACAUUUAUAACAUGGUCACGUGAAACUGGGAAACCCUUUCAUCGGUUUAUCACGUGGAAGGACCUUAGGGCGGAUGAAUUAGUGAAACAAUGGAAUGAUUCUUACACUUGGAGGCUCAUCAAAGUUGGCUCAUAUGUCUUGUACAUGCUAUCAAGGAGCAAGAGGUUCAGAGCUGGAAGUGUGUUGAAAUUUACAAACAAUCAGACAACUAUGAGACUGAGCUGGGUCUUACAUAACAUACAAGAGUUCAAGUCAGCGGUUCAAAGCAAUGACGCUAUGUUCGGGACUUUGGACACGUGGCUAUUAUAUAAAAUGACAGGAAGCAAAAUCCAUAUGUCAGAUGUGUCAUCAGCUUCGGCGACCGGUUUCUUCGAUCCUUUUACGAUGCAAUGGGCUGGAUGGGCUAUGGCCCUAUUUGGGAUACCGAUGCGGGCUUUACCGAAAGUGGUGGACACAGCUGGCGACCAUUUCACCAGUACUGCACCUGAAAUAUGGGGGCAUCCAAUACCUAUUCGAAGUUGUAUAGCAGACCAAACAGCUUCAAUGUGGGGCUCUUGUUGUUUUAACGUCGGUGAUAUUAAGUUGACUAUGGGCACGGGCACUUUCUUCAACAUCAACACAGGGAGGUCGCCUCACGCUUCCGCGUCGGGCCUCUAUCCCGUAGUAGGGUGGCGGCUUGGGGAUGAAAUUGUGUUCUCAGCGGAAGGAGCGAAUAAUGAUACUGCCAGUAUUAUUAAAUGGGCUCAAAAUAUUGGUUUGUUCGAUAAUCCACAAGACACAGCUGAGAUCGCGAUGUCUGUGCCGGAUUCUGAUGGCGUCUUCUUUAUACCUGCGUUCAGUGGGUUGGGGCCGCCGUAUAAUGACUUCACGGCAGCGUCCGGUUUCGUCGGUAUGAAGCCGUCUACGACGAAAGCCCACCUCGUGAGAGCUGUCCUCGAAUCGUUGGCCUUCCGAACUGCCCAGCUGUACACUUGCGUGCAGGCUGAAACAACGUACAACUUUAGCACUAUCAGACUAGAUGGCGGUGUAUCGAACAAUGAUUUCGUGGUACAACUAGUAGCAGAUUUGACCGGUUUGAAAGUGGAGCGGCCUGUGCAAGUAGAAAUGUCUUCACUAGGCUGCGCACAUAUAGUUGGGCUUCAACUAGGUAUAUUCAAAUCAAAGGACGAAUUAAAGUCGCUGCGUAAAAUUGGCACUGUCUUUUCACCGCGACCGCAAGUGAAGAAGUCUUACGAUAAGAUAAUAGCGCGAUGGGAAGAUGCAGUGAAGAGAAUGUGCGGAUGGUAUCUAGGGAAUAAGUCCUCACAGAACUCUGUUCAGGACUCUAGUGACUCUGUAACUCCACAGAAUAGCUUUAAGGCCACCAAGUUAAAAAGAAACAGUAGCAACACAUAACGGUGGCUUUUGUUCCUGCUUCUGUUUAUCGCGUGCAUUCCGAUAUACAGAUGAUAUUUAGCCAGCCUUGGGGCUAGUUUUAAGACGUACUGUUGGUAUAUUUAUAAAUUAAUGCAACUUUAGGUUAAGCGCUCCAUCAUACUUGGACUCUUAUGCCCGUUUUCACUAAUCCUAGGAUCCGCUUUUAACGGAUGCCUAGUGAUUUAGAUUUCGUACUUAGAGGAAAAAAAUGUUCUACAAGCUUUUAUGUGAUCUCUCACGACGUUAAAUACCGUGUAAAGUUACAAUAGAUUAAAAAAAUAUAAAUUAGAUUUAAAAAUAAAUUAUAUGAAAAAUUAUAAAAAUGACAAUACAAAGACAAAGUACCACACCAUGUAGCAAGAACCAUAAACAAGUUAGGUUACAUGAGUUGCGUAGUGAAAAUUCAUUGGUGAAAGUAUGCCUAGGAAUCUUCCUACUUUGGCAUCGCCUUGACCGUCGUUAGUGAAAACGGGUGUUAUUUCACACGUUUAGCAUUUUCAUAAAAAUCUUACAUCGUUAUUUUUGAUACUUCAACUAAUGUACGACUUACAUUAGUCGAGGACAGUGGCGAGUACUGAGUGCUAGUGCUAGUCACAACUGCGAUAGAACUGGACAGUGAUUGUUUAAACUAUCUUGUAUCUGUUCAUUUUAUAUUGCCGUCAAAAUGAACGAGCAACGUCAAAAUACGCACAAUGUUGCGCAAGCUCCUUUCUAGGCGUGUUGUUCUAAUUAAAUAAACUAUGGGACUAGUACAGCACAUAUCGGAGCGUAAAUAUUCCUAAGAAACAUGAAACCCCAUGUUGAUGCAGGUCACUUAUUGUGUAAUAUAAUAAAUAAGACUUUUAUAAUAAGCUAAUGGCGAGUGAAGUGCCAAAAUCCGCGAGGUUUUCCUUUCCCAAAAAAAAAACGAUUCUAUUUGGAGCAAGUUAAAAGUGAGUGUGCAACUUGUCUCGCUACUGUCUGAUCAGUUUAAACCAUUGUCUUUAUCUACUUCAUUAAACACUUGUUCAAUGUAAGCCGGGCAAAAGUUAUUAUUCAUUAACAUUAAAUUGCAAACCUUUUGAAUCGAUUUCAAAAUAUAUUCGAUUUGCCGUAAGUAUCGAAAAUAAUCUCAGUAUUUAUAUGAAAAUGUUAUGAGUAAGGAGAUAAAUGUGUAAUGAAGUAUAUUUUAAAUAUCAUUGUAUAUUUUCCACGUCAAAUAAGGGACUAAUCGUUGUACUUUAAUCAUGUGUAUUAUACAAACUUUUUAGAGAAAAAAAAUGGUAUAGCUACUUUUUGUAAUGGAAAAGUCACAAGUGCGAUUUAAUUCUAAGGGUUGUGGAUUUCUUACAUAAAUGUAUGUCGCUUUUGAGGAUAUUAGUAUAAGUGAUCUGACUAUGUAGUCGCAAUGAGUAAUUUAAAGAAGACAUUACAGUUUUAAGUAAUAAUUAUUUGUGUAACUAUUCUAGGAAUGACGAGUUCUUAUUAAGCAUAAAACUAGAAAACUAGACGGUACUGCGUAAAUUUAAGAUCUUUAAUGUAGUAAUAGCGUCGAUUUUUGCUCAUGUAUUGCCUACAUUCCGUUAUUGUUUUUAAUAUUUAUCAUGAAACCGUAAUUUUCUAGCUUUAAUAAGGUUUUUCACACAUAUCAAGCACGGGUAUUUGAAUUUGCAACCCAUUUAAUGUUCAUGGAUUUUAUAUGAACCUAAAUUGAAAACUGGUACUGAGUCUCAUAAAGCGAUUUCAACUAAAUAGUUAGCCACUAAAGUGAGUACGGGUUUUUUAAUUGGCAAGUCAUUUUAUGUUUACGGAGUUUAUAUGAAUCUAAAUUGAAUACGGGUAUUUUACUGUAUAUAGAAUGAUGUAAACCAGUAGAUUAGCCAGAUUUUGGUUCCAGCAACUCAGCCAUGCCUCCGUCACUUUGUUAAUGUGUUUUGCCGGGCGAGUACGGGUAUUUCAAUUAACAACAUUUUAAUGUAAAUGGGUUUUAUAAAUAAUACUAAUGUAAAUUUUAUACAUAUAUUAUAAUCAGAUUUCGAUUAGGGAAAGCCAGCCAUGCCGACGGUGAGUUAUAUGAAUUCAAUUUCAAUUUCCAUUUAUUAUACAAUUUCCUCGUUGUUACAUUUUAUCAUACUCAUUUUAAUGUUUUUCUAAUA